AUAUGGCAACAUACCGAGUAUUUUCUCCGCCAUGAUUGAACUUGAAGUAUUUUUUUGUUUUUAUCUGUGAAAGUGUAAUAUUUGUUUUUUGUUUUGUCGACGUGCUUUGCAGAUGAAAAAACGUGGUUUGAAUUUAUGGUAAAAGUAUCACUCUCGGAAAAAUGAAGUUUUAUCCUGUUAUGGUGUUGCUUUAUGCAACAUAUAAUGCAAUAAUUUUCUUGACUGACUACGUCCAUUCUUAAAACUGUAAAAUGAGUUUGGGAAAUGAUCAGAAAUUAUCUGUUAAAUUAAUUAAGGAAUGGGCAGAUGGUGAAAAGCAUGAACAAGAUUUAAGACCUGAUUCUGAAGAAGCUAAUACGUAUGAAGCUGAUGAUGAUUCUAAAAUCAAACCUGAAAUUGAAUUGAAAGAAACGACGGAUGAUUUUGUAUAUAAAGCAGAUUUUCGUGGACAUUUGCAGUUAGUAAACACAGCGAACGUUGGUAAUAAUCAUUGUAGAGGUGUUGAAGUGAAUCAAGCUGGUAAAGAACUCACAAAAAUGUCUUCUGUUGAAGUAGUUUAUAAUUCUCCUCGUAAACAAGAUUUGUUCAGUAAAAAAGAUGAUGACAAGAUGAAUGUAGAAGAUUGUAACAGAUAUGAACAAUCAGGUGAACAAGAGCAGUGGUCUACUAUGAAAUCUAUCUUGCCUAAUUCUGAAGAUGUGCAGGAAAUUAUUGUGACUUGGGAAGAACCAUUGCAACAUUCCGAUAACAAUCUCAUGUAUGCACAUGUAAAAAAUAUGUCUAAAGAAUCUGUUGAAGAUUAUUAUGUUAAGGAAGAACCACCUGAAAAUCUUUCCCAACAGUGCAAUUUUGGACAGUCAUUACCUGAAAUUUAUGACUAUUCUUCAGAAAUUGAAAUUUCUGAUAGUUCAUGGGAACAGCCAUUUGCUGAAUCUAGUCAGUUACAUAAAAAUGUUAUGCGGAAUAAGAAUAUGAUCCUACUUACUCAAGCUGAAAAGAAACGUCUCUAUAGAAUGCGAAUCAAAGAAGAAAAUCCUGCUAUGUGGUCAAAUAUUAAAAAAAGGGAAGCAGCUCGCAAAAGGGAACAAAGAGAGAAAAGGCGUCACAUAUUAUUUGAGAUGCAAAGAGCUAUGGAAUGUGCUGAUAUGCCUGAUUCUCCUGACGUUAUGAAUCAUAAAUUAUAUUUAGAAGCUCUGAAAGAAAGGUAUCCAGAACUUUGGAAUCAGCUAAUAAAUGCUCUUCCUGCUACCCAAGAUAGGAAUGAGCAGCUUUAUAAUGAGAGAAAAAGUAAAAGUCGCAGACUUAUGCCAAAACCUGCCAAGAUGUACAAAGAUGUAAUUGAAGCACAAAAGAAACGUUUGUAUCGGCAGCGAAUUAAAGAGGAAAGGCCAGAAAUGUAUGCCAGGCAGAAAGCUAGAGACGCUUAUGCAAGAAGUGUGCAGAGAUUAAUGUUAAAAAAGAAAGGUGCAGCUAAAAAAAAUGGAAUUAAUGUUGAAAGUUUUAGCCUGCAUCCCAAUGAGAUGGAGCAGAAAUUAACAUAUCUACAGAACCUGCAAAUGGAUCAUGUUUAUUAUAUGGAAACGGAUAGGAGGAAUUCUCAUUUUACUAAAACUGUGACCUCUGAUCAUGUUGCAAUGUCAAAAACUGCACCUACUCCAUCUACCAAAAGUGAGCCUUCUCAAGUCUGUGAUAAUGAUUGCUCAGAAGACAGCUUCGAUAUUUCUAAAAAUUCUUUGAGCACAAGUGACAGUAACAUAUCUAACGCAGAUAAAAUGAAAGAAUUAUGUGAGGUAUCUGAGACUGCAUUUUCUAAAACAUUAUCUGGAGCUUGUUCCACACAGAGUGAUAUUUUGUGGUAUUGGAAUGGUGCACAGUUUACUGAGAACAUCAGUGUAGAACCUAGAGUUCCAUAUGUUUCAUGGAGAAAGUGCCCACAAGUCUUAUCGGAAGAGGAACGUUUUCAAAAAAUUUUAAAAGAGCGUAUGCAGUUGAAAGAAAAGAGGAGAAAAUAUAGACUUAACAUGUCCCCUGAGAAAAGGAGUGAGUUUUUAGAAAUUGAGAGAGAGAGGUUAAAAGCUUAUCGUUUGAAAAAGAAAGCUGCUGCAUUGCUAUCUUUAGAAAAUGGUGUUCAAAAUGAAAUAAUGUAUGUUGAGCAAUAACAUUGUUUUAUUUUUGCGUUUUUGCAAGACGUAACGUUUGUUAAUAAAUUAUUGAACUAUAUAUGAUAAAUUAUGAAAUACUGUUGCUUAUAACUAAAGUCUAGUAUUGUUAAUUUUUUUUUUUUUUUUUUUUAAUGUUUUAUUUCAAAUCAUUUCUUGCUUGUACUAAAAUAUUUGAAUCUUAUUAAUUGUUUUGCUCUGAAGCCUUUUGAAGUGUUGGUUUAUAAGUUGAUUAUGGUAAGCAACAUUUUUUGAUUGCUAAAAAUUAUUUAUAUUCUGAAAAUAUUUUUCUAUUUUGAAAAUAAAUAUAAUUAAUUGGAAGUAUAAGAAUAUAUUUUAUUGUUUCUAAACAGUGGUUACUCAUUGUAUACGUUAUGAAUUGUUUAAAUUAAUUAUAGAACUUAAUUGGUACUUUAAUCUUUUUUUUCAAAAUAUUCAAUAUAUAAACAUGCAUAAUUAUGAAAUUUAUACUUAAUAAUUUAAACAGCUAACAGUAAAAUGUCUAUAAAAAUUCACAUUAGUCACACCUCUAUGUAAUGUGCAAUUAAUAUUAGCAUUAAUUAAAAUUAUGUAUUGAUCAUGAAUACCAUUGUUUCUAAUUCUUAUUAAUAAAUAAAAAUAUCUUUUAAGCUUAUGCUUACAGCUGUUUGGAUUUUUCUGUGUAUAUUACAGUAUUGUUUGAUUUUACAAUGAAAUUCUCAGAAGUGAGUUCAAGCAUGUAAUUAUUACAUAUUCUUAAUGGGAGUUUAUGUAAUAAUCAAACCAUUAUGUUUUUAAAAUUUAAAAUUUAAGUUAGAUGAGCAUAGUAUUGAAAAAAAUGUAUAAGUCAUAUUUUUUUUUCUUUUUAUGAAGAUUAACAUAAAAGAUAGUAAAGAAAUUUUAUUACUUAUUCCUAGCCAUUUCCUUAUUUUUGUAUAAUGAUGUCAAAUCAAUUAAUUUCCUUGAUUAAUAGUUUCAUCAGUCAAAAGAAAUUAAAUAUUCUUCAUAGUAACAAUUAAUAUAUAUUUUAUUUUGCUGUGUUAAAUGGCAAAAAAUAUUUAAUCCGGCUACAUGGAAACAAUUCAUUUUUCCUAAUUUUUCAGACAUUAUAAUGUUAUACAGUGAUCAGGAAAUCCAAUAUUAAAUCUGUUUGUAGUGCAAGAAUAAUGGUUAUAAUAUUUAUAAUGCAAAAUGGGCUCAAGUUAUUUUGCUAAAUAUGAUCUUAAUUGUUUCAUGAUAUAAAAAUUUAAUGCCUUAGUUGGUAAGAAUGGAUGUUGAUCCUACUACACCAUUUUUUUUUUUUUUUUUUUUUUUUUUCAUCUAGGACCAUACAUAAUAUUUUUUUUUAUUUUUUUUUUUUUAAUAUAAAAUGUUUUAUCUAGCUGUCUAUUUCAUUCUUAGAAUUGUUCAGUAAUAUGAUUUUUCUGUUCACUUAAUUAUUCAUAUAAAUUAUGCAAUGCAAAUGUCUCUGCUGAUGUUUUAUGUGUGAACACUUUUUAUGUCAUUGAAACUAGCAUACAUGCCUGAUAUUAAUAUUAAACUGAAAAUAUGUUAAUUUUGGCUGAGUUCUCAUUGACUAUUAGUCCCAAAUUUUAAGUAGAGUUUUACAAAGCCACCAUUUUUAUUUUGAUGUUUUCUUCUAUUUUAAACUGUACACACCAGCAUCUGCUUUUGAGCUAAAGAAAUUGUGUAAAUAUUUAAGAAGUAGCAAUUUUUAUUUGUAGCUUACAUUUGAACUGACCCAUUAUGAUAAAAUGUUUGCAUGUUCACUAUAGUUAAAAUUUUUUAUGCAUAAAUUUCUAAAGUUAAAAAAAUUCAAGAGCAUUUGAUUUUACUAAUUGUAAUAAAGCUACUGAAAAUAAAAUCAUAAAAUAACAUACAUAAAUAUUUAUUAGUGUUUCAGGUUAUGUGCAUUAUAUUAACUUUUAUUUAGCAUAGAUUUAGAGACAACAAAUCUUUAUAUGCAAGUAAUUUUUUUUAUAAUGUAACUUCUGAACUUUAAAAUCUCAAAUAAUAAAAAUCUAAGUAAUGGAAUCUAUUAUGAUUAGUUUUUUUCAUAGUGUAUGACAAAAUGCAUUUUAAUUUCAAUGGCUUAAGUGAAGUUUUUCAUUUGAGAAUUUGCAUUUCAAGUGGUUUUAGGCCCUUUAAGGUGAAGGUGCCAGUUUUUUAGAACAUUUUGUAUUCCUUAUACUGAAGGUACAAUAUGAUCAAUUUAUUUUAUUUAUAUAUUAAUUUGUUUACAAAUUAAUUUGCCUAUACAGGGAAAGAACUAGUGAAUAUGAAUGAUAAAUGCUGUGGAAAUGUCCUAAUAUUGGUGACAAAAAACCGGAGUAACUGUAUACUUUCUAAUAUCAGUAGCUUAUGUUAAAAUUAUUAUUAUUAUGUCUGCUUCGUUAUAUAUGUCGGUUAUUUAUUUCACUGCAUACUGCCAUAAUUAACUUUUAUUAGAAAAGUUUGCAUUGUGAAAAAUUUUUAGUUUGAAGGUUUUUCACAGAAUGAUUUAUCAUGUUAAAGCAUUAAUUCAGUUUUAAUGUUGAAUUAGGAUAUCGGUUUUCGGUGUUUUAUCUGAUUUAUCAAAAAUAAAACUAUUUUGUGUGUUGGAUGCUAAUACUAAUUUGCAUUUUAGUCAAAACACUGAUAUUAAAUACAGCAUCUUGUUUUUUGCAAGGAAGUAUGUUUUACUUUUAAUACAUUUGUGUUUGGUAAUAGAAUCUUGUUUUAUUCCCCACUUCAUCAUCCUUCUGAUCUUUUUAUUUGUUAGUAAAAUUUUUUAUAUUUGACUUAGAUAUCUGACUUUUUAAGUUUUUUCAUUUUGCUGAGAUUUUUGUCAUCUCAUAAAAUAUGUUUUCCUUUUUCUUUGUUGAUAUAAUUGUAUGUAGUAAUUGAUAAAAAGCUAGCAAACAUCUAAGACAAUAUGGAUUUUCUGACAGUCAAUUUUAACCUUAAAUGUAGGUCUUUGUAAGAGCAUAAAAGAUAUUUCUGUAUAUUUGGAUAUUAAAGCAAAUCAUAUUAAAAGUUGUUCACAUGUCAAAAAUUUUAUGCAGCUUGUCUAAUAUGUGUCAGUAUGUUUGUUGAAAUAUUUUUAAAUGUAUAAAUUAUUGUGUAUAAAAGAGCCAAAAAUAAAAAAAUUUCUAAAAUUUCAUUUUG